UAUAUAUUUGACGAUGUGUUGUGUUCUUGAAAUCCUCAAAAUGUUAAGAUUAUAAAUAUUUUGAAGAAAAACACUGAUAAAUAAUAUUUGUAAACAAAGAAUCAUCUUAAUUUAAAUGGCCGACAAUAAUAAGUCGUUAAAUUCUCAACGUGGGCAAAGUGACCCAGGUUGGAAUGAUCCCCCUAUGAUGCAAUUCAAUCCAACAGGGCAAGGCACAAAUAAGAGCAAACUUAACCUUAAUAAGAGAAUAGCAUUUCCAAUGACCAAUACAGUAAAACCUACAGCUAUAGUUCAGCCCAGUCAAGGUGGUCUUCCACUAACGGCAAUUCCAACACAGUCAUCACAAUUGCCUGUAGCUGUAGUGCCUCCAAUGCCCCACUCUCAAGUUCUUUUGCCGCCACAAACAAAUCGAGUUCCACCUUUAACUGCAAGCGUUGUUCCUGGUAAUAAUGAAGAUUUAAUCGACGAAGACGAAGUCCGAGACUUUUGUUUAAAUACUUUCCAAACCCACUUGGCCAACGUUAUCGAAAGUAGUAACGUGCGAACUGACGAAAUACAACGACGACUGAAUAUACUUAGUCAGAUGUGGUUGGAUAAGGAAUUAGAUAAAUCUGUACACAAACAGCUUUUAUGCAUAGCAAAAGCUUUACAAUCAAAAAACUUCAAUGAUGCCAUUGAAAAUCAUAGAAUUCUAGUUGUGAACCAUUCGAACCUUUGUCUGCAGUGGGCCACAGCAUUACGUCAAAUAAUUUUAACAAUUAAAAAUGAGAGAAAUAAUUCCGAACUUGAGAGUUCGUCAAAUAGUGGAACGUUUUCAAAUUUGGGCAAUAUUUUAAUACCAGCGGUAAAUCCAAUGGCUUACAGUGAUAUUAAUACUACAUCGCAAGCUUUACUCAAUAGCGAAACGCAAUCUGAAUCUGCUUCCAAUAUUCAGCAUAUAUGAGAGUAAAAAACUUAUUGUAUUUGAUUAUAGCAUUUCUUUAUUUAUUCAUAACGAAAAAAAAUAUUUUGUUAAAGUAUAGUUUUAUUUUUGGAAAACAAAAAAUUAUUUCGAUUAAAACAAAAAAAUAAUUAAAAAUACA